AUGUCUCCUUCUCGAACUCUCCCAACCCUUACCCAGGCGGAAGUCGCCUCUCACAACUCUGCAGAUAGCUGUUAUGUUACUAUGGGCACAAGGGUCUUUGAUGUUACAGAUUUCGUUGACAGCCAUCCGGGCGGAGGUGAAUUGGUAUUGGAAUACGCUGGUCAAGACGUAACGGCGAUCCUAAAGGACGAGCUCUCGCACACCCAUUCCGAAGCUGCUUACGAUGUUCUUGAGGAUUCUUUUAUCGGAUUCGUUGCUACAAAUAAGGUUAUCGAUACCGCUACCGAGAGUACAAAACCAGAUUCCAUUGUUCCACUUCCACCUACAAAAGAAGGCUUGGAGGAAUUGAAAGAAAAUGGACCCGCAAACUCUCUACCCGUUUAUGCCAAUACUGGGAUGUCCACGGAAGACGAUUUGAAUAAGGAGACAGAUGUUGUGAACGAUUAUAAGACACACAAGUUCCUUGACCUAAACAAGCCAUUGUUGAUGCAAAUCUGGCGUGGUGGGUUCAGCAAGGAGUUCUACUUGGAGCAAGUUCAUCGACCUCGUCAUUAUAAGGGAGGAGAGUCUGCACCUCUUUUUGGGAAUUUCCUUGAACCGCUAUCAAAGACAGCUUGGUGGGUUGUGCCUAUGGUUUGGGUUCCACCUGUCACCUACGGUACAUACCUUGCAAGCAAAGGAUUCAAUAACAUCGCCGGAGAAGCAGCGUACUGGUUCUUGGGUCUCUUCCUUUGGACUCUGGUCGAAUACAUUUUGCAUCGAUUUCUCUUCCACCUUGAUAAAUGGCUCCCAGAUAACCGGGUGGCACUCACGCUUCAUUUCUUACUUCACGGCAUCCACCACUAUUUACCAAUGGAUAAGUACCGAUUGGUUAUGCCUCCUACCCUCUUCAUUGUUUUAGCGACUCCUUUCUGGAAGCUUGCACAUACUGUGUUCUACUGGGAUUGGCGAGUAACUACCCUCACCAUGUCCGCCUUGGAUGUCGAAGCCCUCUUGGAUUCAACCGCAGCUGCUACUCCUGUUGAGCCAAACGGAUCUACUAAGACUAAAGAAUCCGAUGACCGCCACAAGGGUGAGCGCAGUGAAAGACGCGACCGUGAUAGACUUCGUGAUGAUAGCAGGGAUCGCGACAGAGAUAGAAAGCGCCGCGCUCGCAGCAGAGAUAGAAACGAGAAAGAUGGCACCUCAACCCCAACAAGUGAGCAUGGAAGCGCAAAGGGUAGACGCAGAAGUAGAAGCCGAGAUGAUAAUCGUCGACAACCUCGUCGCCGCAGAGAUACCCCGGAAGAAAAUGGCCGCAGGGAUGGAGAUUAUUAUAGAGGAGGUAGGGGUGGUGGGCGUCAACGCUCACGUACCAGAAGUCCCGAUAGAUAUUACCGUCCUCGAGGUGAUCGCCGUGACCGCGAUGAUGCAGACAAGCCUCGAGAAGAACGCCGGCCGAGGAGUCCCAAACGAGAAGGAACACCCCCCUUGACUGAAGAUGAACGGGAUAGGCGCACCGUUUUUGUGCAACAACUAGCAGCUCGUCUCAGAACUAAGGAACUCAUCGCAUUCUUUGAAAAGGUUGGCCCCGUUAAGGAGGCUCAGAUUGUCAAGGACAGAGUCAGUGGUAGAUCUAAAGGUGUGGGCUACGUUGAGUUUAAAAACGAAGAAUCAGUUCCUGCUGCUAUACAACUCACUGGACAGAGACUCCUAGGAAUCCCAAUCAUUGCACAACUCACCGAGGCUGAGAAAAAUCGACAAGUCCGCAAUCCCGAAGCUACCACUAGUAACCCUAACCAAAUUCCAUUCCAUCGACUAUAUGUGGGUAAUAUACAUUUCAGCAUCACUGAAAGCGAUUUACAGAAUGUAUUUGAGCCAUUUGGUGAGCUCGAAUUUGUUCAAUUGCAAAAAGAAGAGCAAGGACGUAGUCGAGGUUAUGGAUUUGUUCAGUUCCGUGAUCCAAAUCAAGCUAGAGAGGCGUUGGAGAAGAUGAAUGGGUUUGAUCUUGCUGGCAGACCAAUUCGUGUUGGUCUUGGAAACGAUAAGUUCACUCCUGAAUCUACCGCCAGUCUUCUGCAAAGAUUCCAUGGCCAAAGCCACCAACAACAAUUCCAGGGUUCCGCAUUUUCUGGCGCUGGUGGGCGUGGCCCUACCGCUGCUGGCGGCAGCAAUUUCGAUCGUGCUGGUGGUCGAGAUAAUGAUAAAGGUGCGGGUGGUGCUAGUGCUUUGGACGACACUGACGUUGGCGGCGUGAACUUCAACAAUUAUAGUCGAGAUGCAUUGAUGAGAAAACUCGCCAGAACAGAUGAUACCACGGUUGCGGCAAAUCACGAAAGAAGAGAAGUAUCAAAACCUAAAACAGAAACCAAAGCUUUACCAGUCAAUGUCAACAUGGCUAGUCGUUGUGUUGUACUUAAGAACAUGUUCGAUCCUACAGAAGAGGACGGUGAGAACUGGGAAAAGGAACUCGAGGAUGAUGUCCGCGCAGAAGCGGAAGAAAAAUAUGGCCACGUUGUUCACAUUGCUUUAGAUCCAAACUCCCAAGGAGAUAUUUAUCUCAAAUUCGAUCGAGUACAAGGAGGAGAGAAUGCCAUUAAGGGUCUGAAUGGAAGAUAUUUCGGUGGGCGAAUGAUUAGCGCUACUCCUGUUGUGGAUGCAGUCUACAGCAGUUUGUUCUCUCGCACAAAGGCUAUGUGA